CUCACUUCAUAAAAACCCACCUCCCCUUCUCCCAUCCUCAGUUUCCAACACAGAAAACUGGACCAGUCUUCUACUGCCCCAAACCAAACAAUGUCUCCUCUCCUCCUCCUCUCCCUCCUCCUCCUCCCAUUAGCAGUAGCAGAGCUGCUUCGGCCGGGGUUUUACGCCGAGACAUGCCCAGAAGCAGAAUUCAUUGUGAGGGAUGUGAUGUGGAAGUCCAUGAUAAGAGAACCCAGAAGUGUUGCCUCUGUCAUGCGCUUCCAAUUCCAUGACUGCUUUGUCAAUGGUUGUGAUGCUUCUCUGUUGUUGGAUGAUACACCCACCAUGCUCGGAGAAAAACUUGCUCUGUCAAAUAUUAAUUCUCUGAGAUCAUUUGAAGUUGUCGACGAAGUCAAGGAUGCGUUAGAGAAGGUCUGCCCUGGUGUUGUUUCUUGUGCAGAUAUCAUAAUCAUGGCUUCCAGAGAUGCUGUUUUGUUGAGUGGAGGACCCAAUUGGGAAGUGAAGCUGGGAAGAAAGGACAGCUUAACAGCAAGUCAAGAAGAUUCAAACAACAUAAUGCCUAGUCCAAGAGCCAAUGCAAGUCUCCUAAUAAACUUAUUUGAAAGUUUCAACCUUUCCAUCAGAGACCUUGUAGCACUUUCUGGGACACAUUCAAUUGGCAAAGCCAGGUGCUUCUCUAUCAUGUUCAGGCUCUACAAUCAAUCUGGUUCAGGCAAGCCUGACCCAGCAAUUGAACCAAUGUACCGAGAAAAGCUAAACAAGCUGUGUCCAGUUGGUGGAGAUGAGAAUGUAACAGGUGAUCUUGAUGCAACGCCUCGAAUAUUCGAUAACCAAUAUUUCAAGGAUUUGGUUUCAGGAAGAGGGUUUCUCAAUUCUGAUCAAACACUCUUCACAUUUGCAAGAACUAGAGAGUAUGUGAGGCUGUUUAGCCAAAACGAACCUGCAUUUUUCGAGGCGUUUAUCGAAGGAAUGAUCAAGUUGGGUGACUUGCAGUCUGGACGGCCCGGAGAGAUCAGGCGCAACUGCAGGAUCACGAAUAGCCAGGCUAUGAACUUACGGUCCAGUCUCAAUGGACAGAGACGUAUACUGUGAUUGAAGCUGUUGACUAUACUAAAUAGAAGUGACUGUAAAGAGAAAGAUAGAGAAAGGCAUAAUAAGAUUGGAGAAAUGUUGAGAAUCAUAGAAUGAUGAGGCUAAAUUUCUCAGGUUAUGAUCACUUGAAAAAUGUAACAGUUUGCUUGUUUAAUUGUGUUGUAGAUCAAUCAGCUACGCUAUGAUUCUUGCCUUCUUGGCCUUUUUACUUUUGGAAAAAUCACUGGUUGCCAUAACAAGCAAUUACAUGAAAUGAAACAUUGAUUAGAGGGAAA